AUGUCAUUACCACAGAAACGUUAUUAUCGUCAACGAGCUCAUGCUAAUCCAUUAUCUGAUCAUACAUUAGAUUAUCCGUUGACACCAAACGAUAUUGAUUGGUCUACAUAUUAUCCAACAAUUAGUAAAAAAAUUGUUAAUGAAUAUGAGAAUAAUGAUGAAGAAGAAAUAUCAAAUAAAAAGCGAAAACAAGAAGACAAACAUGUUGAAUUUGUUGAUAUAGGUUGUGGUUAUGGUGGUCUGUUAAUAUCGCUAUCACCAAUAUUUCCUGAUAUGUAUAUGUUAGGAAUGGAAAUACGUGUCAAAGUUUACGAUUAUGUUGUUGAUCGUAUUAAAGCAUUAAGAAAUUCGAAUCCUGGAGCAUAUAUGAAUGUUAGUUGUUUAAGAACGAAUGCUAUGAAAUAUUUACCUAAUUAUUUUCAAAAAGGACAAUUAACAAAAAUGUUUUUUCUCUAUCCUGAUCCACAUUUUAAGAAAGCUAAACAUAAAUGGCGUAUUAUAAAUAAACAACUAUUAGCCGAAUAUGCAUAUGUAUUAAAAAUAAACGGUUUAAUUUAUACGUGUACAGACGUUAAAGAUUUACAUUUAUGGAUGUGUUCAUGUUUUAAUGAAUUUCCAUUGUUUGAACAUGUUAAAAACGAUGAUCCAGAAUUGAAGAACGAUGUGUGCAUUGAUCAUGUUUUAAAUUCAACAGAAGAAGGACGAAAAGUGACAAGAAACAAUGGAGAUAAAUAUUUAGCAGUAUUUAGAAGGAUUCAAGAUCCAUAUUCUUCUUCUGUUUGA